AUGGCUAGCGAAGGGACGGAAGCAGCAGGUAGUUCAGCUGGUGGAGCGCUGAACAACCUCCCCUGGCAGCAGAUUCCCAAGUUCACGCCGGGAAGUACGAACAGUGAUGAGUACCCCAACAGAUUACAGUUCAUUAGGGAUCUGUGGCCAGAUGAGCACAUUCACUUGCUUGGUCCCAGAGCAGCUCUAAUGGUCGAAGCGUCUGCCUUUCAGAAGGUGAGCCGGAUCCCAGCCGACAAACUCAAGAACAAAGAUGGUGUGAAAAUCCUCGGGGCGUACAACGGUGGAAGACAAGUACUUCUAUAUUUUGAGCGGGCGAUCUUCCAGACCCAGCAGAAGAGUGAUGAAUCAAUCGACUCGUAUGUUGCUUGGCAUGAUGCUCAUUUCGAGGAACUGAUCUCUCACAGCGUUCAGCUGGAGGAGGUCAGAGCACAUGUGCUACUGCGGCAGAGCCCUGAGGACAAACGGAAGGUCAUCGUGGAAGCGGGUGGCGACUUGACUUACGCAGGGACCGUGAAAGGCAGUGCUCGUGGCCAAGAACGAAACAAAGUGUAUGACAUCAACCUGGCCGAAGAUGACGGGAUUGAUGAGGCUCACGUGGCCGUGGUGCCAGAGAGCGAGCCGAGUGAUGAGGAGAUCGUGGCCUUUUUCAUGGAGCAGAACGACGAAGAUGCCAUGUACAUCGCGGAGUUUGAGGACCACAUGGUGGAUGCAGCGCGGGAGAAAGCACGCAACCGCGGAUAUUUUCCCGUGGGUGGAAGAGGCCGCGGAAAAGGAAAGAGCGGGACACGUCAGCACAAGGGAAGUGCCUUCGAUGGUGGUCGACGCCGCAGCCUUGCGGAACGCAUUGCCUCGAGCAACUGCAAGCUGUGCGGAAAGAAGGGUCAGGCUCGUGAUGAAGGAAACAAGAAGGAGGUGACCUUGUACUCCCAGACCGAAAACCUCCACCUCUCCUCGACCGAGGUUCUCCACUCCUUGCCCGAGGAUGCCGAGCUCUACUUCGCGACCGAUGGUGAUGAGGACUUCGACGAGAACCGCGGAGAUGAGGCUCAGAUACCGAUAAGAACCGCAGCGAGGGAGAAUCGAAUUCAGUCAGAAGAGCAGAUGUGUCUGGCCGUUUUCUCACCUAAGGUGCCGAAAAGUCCGGAUUUUCUUAAUGCUCUUGCAUGUCGUUUGGUAAUGCCUGACAGGACAGCUAGACAGACAGCCACGCGGCUGACCGGCCUGGGACAAGACCAGGCACCUGCUUCUGUGAGUCGGGACAGUGAGCAAGGCUCUUGCGGGGAAGUUUUGCAGCAUGCGAAGCCGUACACGUUUGAAGACCCGGUUGCUCUGGUUGUUACUCAUGGUGCGGAGGGUGUCCUUGAUACAGAUGCUAGCCGGACUGUUGUACGGAGCCGUCGGGUCAACAACAUUUUGCAAGGGCUUCCCAGUCAGUGUCGUGAUAGGGCGCGCAAGGCACGGUCAGAUGUGACAUUCCGUUUCGGCAACAGUGGCACGCUGACUGCAGAACAUGCUCUGCUUCUCCCGACUGCAGAAGACACUUGGAUUCGAGUCGAAGUAGUACCAGGCGACACUCCACUGCUAAUUUCUAACCGGCUAUUGUACGACGUAGAUGCGGUAGUCCAUGUUCGCAAGGGUGUGUUAGAAGUAGGUGGCCGAACGGUAGAGCUUAGAAGGGAUGAAAGAGGCCUGUCGCUGGUGGAUCUCACACAACUGUUGCCUGGGAACGUGGCGCCCAUUUUGCUUUCUGACGGCAGCCUGCCGCAGCAACACAGCAUCGACAGAACACUCUCACCACAGCCGCCAGUGGAUCAACACUUUUGCGCCUUUAUCGCGAGGGAAGACGAUCACGAUCGCUCCGAGGAGCACCUGGCGAUCGACCAGUACUUGACGGUUCACUAUGUCAAGCCACCACACAUCUCGACGCUUCGCCAAUGGGAGGAAGUUGUGCUGCCACAGGGCAAGCACAAGCACAAGACACACAACGAAGUAUUCAGCAACGAUCUGACGUAUGCCAUUCUCAUGGCUCGGAAGACCUCUCUGACGUCGUCAGGGGCGCUGUCGUUCAAGAACUACAGCCUGGCACGAUGGAAGGGGAUGGCUCAGGCGGCCCAAGACCAGAUCAAUACGGAUGCCAAGAAGCCAACCACGAGUCACGGUCCGGGUCCAAAAGCCAGCAAGGGCAGCAAGGCAAGUUCAGCGAUGUACGCGAAGAUGGUCGGCGACUCGAUUGUGCGAAUCAACGUGUACCUGAAGUGCGGUCUGCUUGUAGGUGUAUCCAGCUGUGUCGAUCCAUGUGGCACCAUCAUCAGCCCUCGCUCUACCAACGCCUGGUGA